UUUCGUAAACAAUAGUCCAUGGGGAAGAAGGUCUGGGUAAUGGCAUUUGUCUUGGGUUUGCGAGGCAUGUGUUUCUGAGAAUUCCAUUUGUCAGCAAGAGAUUCUUCAGCACUGUAAAUUUAAACAAAUAGAUUGGGGUUUCUGUGUCCAUCAUUCAUUAGAGAUCAGGGCAAUAUCUACAAACCGAAGAAUAAAGUCAUGGAUAACGACAGUUUGAAAGAGAAGGAUGUCUUUGAUGUUCACACUAAAGAAAUCGAUCUGGUUAACCGGGACCGCAAGCAUCUGAACGAUGACGUUGUAAAGGUUGAGUUUGAGGAUGUCAUUGCAGAACCUGACGGCACCCACAGCUUUGAUGGUAUAUGGAAGGCCAGCUUUACCACCUUCACAGUCACCAAAUACUGGUGUUACCGCAUCCUCACAGCUCUGGUCGGCAUCCCCCUGGCCCUCAUCUGGGGUAUAUACUUCGCCAUCCUGUCCUUCAUUCAUAUAUGGGUUGUGGUUCCCUGUGUGAAGAGCUACUUGAUCGAGAUCCAGUGCGUCAGCAGAGUCUACUCCAUCUGCAUUCACACUUUCUUUGACCCACUCUUCGAGGCCAUUGGCAAAGUCUUCAGCAGCGUGAGGAUCUCUUUGAGCAAAGAGGUGUGAGGGACACGAGACCUGAGAGCAGGGGCCCCAAGGCAUUCUGCUGGCUACAAGCUCACAGUUGCUUUCCAGAAACAGGGCGGGGGAGGGGGGGGGGGGG